CGGGGCGCUCGGGGAGCGGCGCCGGGCGGCGAGGGGAGCUCUGGGUCAGUGUCGGGCCUGCUAGCGCUGUUCCGCGGCGGCUUCUCGCGGGCUCCCGCCGCUUGUGGUCUCGGCUGCACUCUGAGCUGCUGCGCGGAGGCGCGGGGCCGCAGCUGCGCGAGGAGCGCGUCGGUGCGUCACCUUCCUGCUGGUCUGGGCCGGUCUCCCUGCCGGCAGGUGCGGUCUUGCAAAGCUUCGGGUUUGAAAGCUUUGCUGUGGGUUGGUGGCUUUCAAGGACGUGUACUUUGGGAGACCGGGACGGAUGGUGCUAGACAGUGGUGAAUAUACAGAUACCUUCAAGGAACUCACAGCUUGGUAGAUUAUGAACACAGAAGCGAAAUACCACUAAUAAUGAGAUGACGCCAAAGCAGUGAUGUCAGAGACCUCUAGGGAUGCAGAUGAGAGACUGCCUGCUGGGCAAGGGGUUAUAAGAGAGAAGAGGAGGAACGGACAGCAGCAGACAGUGCCAGGUGUUGGAAAUUAACAGCUCUUCUAGCUUUUACAUUAUUUAAAUACAGUAGUGUCAUUGGACUAAAAUGUUCCUGAUGUCAGCCUCUUCAGAGUUAAACAGUGGGCAGAACUUCUUAACCCAGUGGAUGACCAGUCCUUCUCGGGCUGGGGUCAUAUUAAAUCGUGGAUUUCCUAUUUUGGAAGCAGAGGAAGAGAAGCGAGUAAAUGUGAACAUUUCUACCAGCUUUCCUAUUAACCCCACAGAUUUUUCAAAUAGCUUCAGCUUUAUAAGUGAAGAAGAUUCACUUCAUGAAGAACAGAAGUUGGAGCCCAACAGCCCUUACAAGUUACAAUCAGAUAAAUCUGAAACACAGAGAGUCUUUCCUUUGACUAAAGAGGGAACACAAAUAGUGGCAUGUCAGCAUGCUCCUGGACACUGGGAAGAUAACAAAAAUGACUUUAUUUCAGAUCCUGUGAGUGAAUUCAAAGAAGUGGCUUAUAAAGACCCACUUUUUAAAAAGCUUGAACAGCUGAAAGAAGUACAACAGAAGAAGCAGGAACAACUGAAGAGGCAACAGUUAGAGCAACUGCAAAGACUCAUGGCGGAACAGGAGAAGCUGCUCACCAUGGUGUCUGGGCAGCAUACACUCCCAGGUUUAACUCUAGUGCCUGAUGACCAGAGCCAGAAGUACAGAUCUCCAGGAAAUUCAGCCACUGUAGAGAAACCCACGCCCUUCUUACCAUCAUAUAUCUACCAGAAUCAAACCCAAGAAAAAAAACACACUUCCAACAUUUUAUCCGAUGAACAAAACAACUUCCGUAGAACUACUCAUCCAGAUUUUGUCUUAACUUCAAAAAGUGGUGCUUCUCCCAAUUUGUUUUAUGAGGCUCAACAUCAAGAAGCACUUGUGAAAAAAAAUGAUUUGAAGGAAGAAAACCAUAACCAUCCUAAAGGAGAAGGUAUUUUACCAUGUUCGGAGAAAAUGACGGAACAGAUUCAGGAAGGGAACAAUACGAACUUAAAAAAAAUUGGUGAUUCCUCAGAAGUGGUUAAUAUUGAAGAAAGGCCUAUUAAAGCUGCUAUUAGAGAAAGGAAACAAACCUUUGAAGACUACUUAGAAGAACAAAUUCGGUUGGAAGAACAAGAACUGAAACAAAAACAGCUAAGGGAAGCAGAAGGAUCCUUGCUAAUCAAAGCAAAACCAAAACAACCAUUCUUAAAACGAGGAGAAGGUUUAGCUAGAUUUACUAAUGCUAAAUCUAAGUUUCAGAAGGGGAGAGAAAAUAAACUAGUCACUACUCAGAGCAUUUCAGAGGACAAACCUGUGUUUAAAUUAGAUAAACAACAAUUCCAGCGGAAAACUGCUCAUAUAAAUAAAGAACUGUGUACAGAGAACCUUCCUGUCAAAAAGAACAGUAAAGCCAGAACAAAGAGUGGUUGUGUCACACUCAGUCAGAAGCCGAAAGUGCUUAAGGGUAACAAUAGGAAAAGUCUCUCUCCAGCAGGGUUGAAGAUACUGGCAGGGAAGAAAUGUGAUGGGCAAUUUAGAGGUCAGAUCAAUUUAGAAAAAACGGUAGAAUCUAAUAAUAAAGAAAAUGUACCGGAGUGUACAAAACCUUGUGACGUUGGUUGCAAAAUCUGGAAUAAUACGCAAGGUAAAGACAGACUUUCCCUUUUGACAGGGCCGGCCAGCUGCGUGGCUUCUAAGAGCCCAAUAAGUGAGACUUCGAAAGAGUCAGAAUCUUCUCUUGACAUUUCUCUUCAGAAAAAGUUAGAGAAUUGGGAACGAGAAAAGGAAAAGGAAAAUUUGGAAUUAGAUGAAUUUUUGUUUUUAGAACAAGCUGCUGAUGAAAUAUCAUUUUCUAGUAAUUCCUCAUUUGUACUGAAGAUCUUAGAGAGGGACCAACAGAUCUGCAGAGGUCACCGGCUGUCUUCUACUCCUGUCAAAGCUGUGCAGCAAGAGAAGACAGCAACACCGGAUCCCAUCAGUGAGCGUAACCAAAAUGAGGAUCCAGACCGUACCAAGUGUGAAAGUAAGGGUGAGUGUGAGGUUGCACCCAAACAACCUGAUUCAGUAUCCUCACCUGAUGGAUCGCAGGAACAGUCCUGUAAAGUCAAUAGGAAAGUGUUCCAAAUGAGCACUUGUGAAAGUCCAACUAGGUGGAAUGCAAGCGAUGACGAGGGUGGUACAGACAGUGAUGAUAGCACUGAUUCUGAGGAACGCCUUGAUGUCACCAUAAAACCAUCAACUGAGGAUAAAGAAAGGGGUUUCAGCAGCAGAGAAGAUAGUCCCCAAGUCUGUGAUGGGAGGGGACCUUUAAGGGACACCAGGACUCAAGAAGAAGAUAAGAGGAGAGAUGUUGAUUUAGAUUUGUCUGAUAAAGAUUACAGUAGUGAUGAGUCUAUCAUAAUAGCAGGCUUGAAAAAUAAAGCUUCUGAUUCCUCAAGAAGAUACCCAUCUAUGAGUAAAAUUGACUUUGAUGAUGAAAGAACUUGGACUGACCUUGAAGAUGAUUCAUUUAAACAUGAUGUUAUUCUUGGGAAUGAAGCCAUUUAUGGGACUCCCCAGACAACCUACCCUAAUAAGAGUGAAAAAUGUGUACUGGACAAAACAAUAAAAAGGAAGGUUGCAGCAGUCAAGAAGGGAGAAGACUUGAAUAAAUCCAGUAGGAGCACAAGUCCUCCUCCUACCUCGGAUCUGAUGAUGAAAUUCUUCCCUUCUUUGAAACCAAAAUCAAAAUCAGAUUCACGCUUGGGAAAUGAACCCAAGUUAAACAUAAAUCAAGACCAGCCACCUGGUGACAAUGUUCGAUCUCAAGUUUUGAGAGAGAAAGUUAUUGAAUUGGAAACAGAAAUAGAAAAAUUUAAAGCUGAGAACACAUCUUUAGCUAAACUUCGCAUUGAACGAGAAAGUGCCUUGGAAAAACUCAGGAAAGAAAUUGCUGACUUUGAACAACAGAAAGCAAAAGAAUUGGCUCGAAUAGAGGAGUUUAAAAAGGAGGAAAUGAGGAAAUUACAAAAGGAACGCAAAGUUUUUGAAAAGUAUUCUACAGUUGCAAGAACUUUUCCGGAUAAAAAAGAACGUGAAGAAAUACAAGCUUUGAAGCAGCAGGUAGCAGAUUUACAGGAAGAUUUGAAAAGAAAGGAAGGAAAAUGGUCCAGUACACAUGGCCGUCUUAGAAGCCAGAUAGAAAUGUUGGUCAAAGAGAACACAGACCUCCGGGAGGAAAUGAAAGUGAUGGAAAGAUUCCGACUAGAUGCCUGGAAGAAAGCCGAAGCCACCGAGAGCAGCUCCAGGAUGGGUCAGUGCGCGACGGCCUCGAGAAGAGACGGGUCCAGGAAGUCAUCAGUUCGAUUUCAAAAGAGUCAAGUUUCUUCAGGAACCCAGGUAGAAAAGUACAAAAAAACCUAUUUGCCAACACAAGGCAAUCCAUCUCGAAGAUCCAAGUCUGUGUCUCGUGAUUUAGGCAAUUCGGAUAAAGGACAAACAGCCUUACCCAGGGAGCCACCUGAACCAGUGAACUCUCUAGAUCCUGAAUGUAAAGACGAUGAUGAAAAAGAAGAAAAAGAAGAAAUUCAGGGAGAAAUCAGCCAUCCUGAUGGAAAGAUAGAAAAAGUUUAUAAGAAUGGGUGCCGUGUUAUAUUGUUUCCAAAUGGAACCCGAAAAGAAGCGAGUGCAGAUGGAAAGACGGUCACUGUCACUUUCUUCAACGGUGAUGUCAAGCAGGUCAUGCCGGAUGGGAGAGUGAUCUACUACUACGCAGCCACACACACCACCCACACCACGUACCCAGAAGGACUGGAAGUCUUACAUUUCUCAAGCGGACAGAUAGAAAAACAUUUCCCAGAUGGAAGAAAAGAAAUCACGUUUCCUGAUCAGACUGUCAAAAACUUGUUUGCUGAUGGACAAGAAGAAAGCAUUUUCCCAGAUGGUACAAUCGUCAGAGGGCAACGAGAUGGCAACAAAAUCAUAGAGUUUAAUAAUGGUCAACGAGAACUACACACGGCCCAGUUCAAGAGACGGGAGUAUCCAGAUGGCACCGUUAAAACUGUGUAUGCAAACGGUCUUCAAGAAACCAAAUAUUCAUCUGGUCGCGUAAGAGUUAAAGACAAGGAUGGUAAUGUUCUAAUGGACACAAAGUUGUCAUGAUCCUUGUGUGUGGCUAAUCAUGAAAUAACAUUAACUUGAUUUUCUUCUUUAAAAAAUGUACAUUUUCUUGUGGAUUCUGUGGUUUAAUUUAUAUGUACUGUGUGUAUAUAUAAAUGGAAAAGAUUGUUUGGAAUUUUUUCAUAAUGUUUGAAAUGCACAGGGACAGCUUUCAUUUUUAGUUCACCUACCUUGUCUUUCUACGGUUCUAACCAGUAUAGACUUUUAACAAGUGGAUGCUUUCAUUGGUUGGAGAUGGUUAUGAGAGCCAAGAAGUACAAGAAGCACAGUAUCACAGAUUUUCCCACCACCUGCCAGGCCUAUGAAGGGCUUGCUUAGAAAGUUUACUGAAGGAGUAAGAGGAUUUCUCCAGUCAAAAUAUUACUGUGCUCAAUUAGUACUAAAAGUAAAGCAUUAUCUACCACAGAGGUCACAGAAUUGGAAGUUAAAACAGUGACUGAGUACAAAUAAACAGUAAAACAAACAGGCAGAAGAGUUCAUUCUAUGAGUGUAGAUAAAUCUCAUGGGAGGAAAAAGCAGUUGUCAUGAGGGUGACAGCUGAGAAAGGCGGGGCGUGAAAACUAACCAGCCAGUGUUAACUGAUUGACAGACCACAGGUGCCUUGACCUUAUUACCUGUAAGGCGGGGCUGACAGAAGCAAGAUGUCCUUGAAGGGGUGGGGGGCAAGUCACCUACAAGUAGAUUUACAUAGUAAGUUUGGUCUAGUCACUUAGUGCAGUCUGACAGUAGUGCUGGCAGUAACUCAGUAUUUUUAAAAAAGCCACAUGUAUUAAUUCCACGUGAUUUAAAACUGAAUAACAAAAAACUUUUCAAAGAAAAUAAAUAAUUAUAUAUAUUACCUCAGGAAUAGAGAAAGAUUUUUAAAUUUUAUUUUUUUAAUUAUUAUUAUUUUUGGCUGUGCCGCACCUCUUGGGGGAUCUCAGUUCCCAGACCAGGGACUGAACCCAGGCCACAGCAGUGAAAGUGCCUAACCCUAACCCCUAGACCCAGGGAGCUCCUGAGAGAAAGAUUUUUAAAUGAGACACAGCACAAACCUUAAAAGGUUGAUGAGUCAAAAGUUUGUUUGUCCAAAGAUAACACAAAAGAGAGUAAAGUCACAGCCUAGGAAAAGAAACACGUAUCUGACAAAGGAUUAGUAACCAGAAUAUAUAAAGAAUCCCUAUUAGUUAAAAUAGGUAAUUACAAACAAAGGAUAUUAAUAAGCAAUAAACUAAAACCAGUAAAUGCAUAUUUCAACAAUGAGGUACCUUUUUACGUUCGUGUCAUAAACUGGCAAACAAUGGUCUGGCCACACCACAUGCUGGCAAGGAACUUGGACUACUGAUGGUAGACUUAGCUGGUAAAAUCCCUUUUUUGGAAAGCAGUUGCCUCAUGACCUAGUACUAAAUUCCACUAAAGUAUAUUUACUAGAAAACCCCUCACAGGUGCAUAAGGGGUUGCACAGUAGAGUAUCUGUAAUUGAGAAAAAACUGGUAACGACCUAAAUAUCUUAACAGGAUAAAUUAUAUGCACAGAUGGAUGUAACAGUGAAAGUGAAUAAAAUAGAGCUAUGCAUACCAAUAUGCAUUAUAUAGUGGAAAUAAAGUAGGGGAAAAAGGUAAUUGUGUGAUACUGCACACACUUAAAAAUAUACAGAGCUCUUGUUUAUGGAUGUGUGCAUAUAUAAUAAAAUUAUAAAGCACUAUAUAAGAAUGAUAAACACCAAAUUCACAGUAUUCACCUCCUCUGUAAGAAACAGAAUGAAUGGGGAAGGGUAGAACAGGGGCCUACAACCAUGCUGAUGAUGUCUUAUUUCUUCAGCUGAAUGUACAUUAGUUAUAAAAUGAACUAAAUAUGUUUUUUCUAACGUGCCUGAAAUAUUUCAUUUAAAAAUUACAGUAAAAUAAAAUAAGUAAAUACUUG